AGUUACUGGGCAAUUUUAAAAUUUGCAUUAAGUCAAUCCUCACAGAAAACCUGUUGAGUAAAAUGCAACCUCAGCAGAAAAACCAAUCCAUUCGACCUUUCAAGCAACGGAAAAGUUUAGCAACCAGAAAAGAGGAAGUUGCUGGGAUCCGGGCAAAGUUCCCAAGCAAGAUACCGGUGAUAGUUGAACGUUAUCAGAAGGAGAAAUACCUUCCCCUGCUGGACAAAACCAAAUUCCUCGUUCCCCAGGAGCUGACCAUGACUCAGUUUCUAACUAUCAUUAGGAGUCGAAUGGUUCUGACAGCCACUGAAGCCUUUUACCUCCUGGUGAACAACAAGAGUUUAGCAAGCAUGAGUGUCACCAUGGCAGAGAUCUACAGAGAUUACAAGGAUGAGGAUGGUUUUGUGUAUAUGACAUAUGCCUCCCAGGAGAUGUUUGGCUGCUCGUUGCUCACGGUCAACCCUGAGCGUAGGCAGAGCUUUGGCCCAGGCUCCUGCAAACACCUUCAGCCCUCAUCUGGGUAG